AUGUCUGAGUCCAUGUCGGUGGCAUGGAUUGAGCUUCCGCAUCCGGGAGAUUCUUUGUUUCUUCUUGCGGAUGCCUCCCCAAACUUGCAAACUUCCAUCUGCCAUUGUCUUUACCUGCUCUCGAAGCAAUCAAUCAACACCGAACCUCGCCUUGGGUUUCUGCUCAAUAGGCCGUACACAGUCGCUGGCCUUAUAGUCCGUCUUACGCCCCUCUACUUCAGCUUCCUAACAUUCCAAUCGAUUUACCGAGCCGCAUCUCCCAGCUUACCACACAACAAAAGUCAAAGCACCGAUUAUGGCGCUCUCACGCUGCAGGAGUUGAUCGUUACGGUGCAAAAAGACUUCCCACGCGCUUGGUAUUCCCUGCAAACUGCUGUGCAAGCUGGUGCUUCUGCAUUAUUAGGUGUAGGAUUCAAUUAUAGCGUCGAUGUUGCGAAGUUUACGGGGGUGUAUUUUGUGUAUGCUGUGAUUUGCUCUGUGGUCGUUCCUGUGGUGUUAAUUUCCUGGAUUGUCCGUCUGCCUUCGCGCAUGGUCAAGGUUCUGGGAGAUGUGAUUGGGACCUGAACAGAGUGUGUGACGACGUCUCUCCCUAGACACUACUGCUAUUUAUGAAAAGUAUUGUGCCUUUCUACAGCUAGAAGGGGCUAAGAGGCUGCAGCUAAAAUAGC